AUGGAACAGAUUCAAGAAAAUGUUAUACAAAAGAUUGUUAAUGAAAUAGAAAAUUUAUUAAAAGAAAUAAUCGGUUUAAUAAAUAAUAAAGUAGAAACUGUUUAUCUUCAAAGAAAAGAUAUUUUAUUACCUCAACAAUGUGAUAAUAUUCGAACACGAGUUGUAUCUUCUUUAAGAAAUAGUUAUCCUCUAUUUGCUGAUGGUCUAAAGAAAUCAAAUUCAAAAUACGUUAAAAUAGCUGCUACUACUCUUAAAGCAAUAGAUAUCAUUAAUAAGUUGUGGACUGUAGCUCAAUCUGUCUUACAGUUCGAACAUGUCUUUAUAAUACUUUAA